AUGAGGAAGAUUGCAGGCGCAACUAAUAAUCACGCACAUUUACUUUCACGAAUUCAUUUUCAUGGUGCCAAUGAUGCAUUUAUUUCACUUGAUUUCAAAACAAUUAUAAGACCAUUUACUUCCAACGUUCAAGUAAUAAAGUCACUUGUGGUCAUUAUUUUAGGUACUCUGCUCGCUUACCGUCGUGUCCGUCGACAUCGACUUGGCAAAUUACUCACACCAUUAACAAUUGGAACACUGCUGUUUUUUAAUAUAGAACUCCAACCAAUUGUUCCAUUCACACCGGAGACGGUGGAAGACUUCGCCCAAUUCAUUUCUCCUGCUCACCCAUACUGCCGCCAAUUUCGGCAGGUCUUCCCCAUCGCACUCGACACCCAGGCUGAUAUGGACAUAGCAUUCACGUUGAUGGUCCACGAUGACAUUCGUCAGAUUGCUCGACUCCUUCGAAUGAUCUAUCGAAUUAACAACUACUACUGCAUUCACAUCGACAAGCGCUCAAGCAUCGAAUUCCAAUUGGCUAUGCGUGGAGUGGUUACGUGUUUUGGUGCCAAUGUAGAAUUGGUUCCAGUAGAAGAGAGAACUGCGAUGGAUUGGGGUGACGAAAGUGCCCUGCAACCACAGGUCAUCUGUGCAAAACAGGCGCUGAGUCAUUAUGCCACGUGGAAGUACUUGAUUAAUUUGGAAGAACAGGGUUUUCCACUGCGAACCAACAUGGAACUGGUGGCUGCAUUAAAGGCACUCAAUGGACUUAACCCAAACUCCACUGCUAAAUGGUCUUGUGGGACACGCAUUAAAGCUGUACCAUCUUUUCAAUUUAUCCCUCUUCCUGUCUUUGCUUAUUUUCGACGGCACAGGCAUUCGGGUUGCUUCUAA